AGUGUUGCCGUAUUAGUUAGAACUAGACAUUUCUAUUCUUGUAGCAUAAUAAAAACAGCAGAUUGUAAUAUAUAACCUAUUCAAUCCAUUAUCCGAUAACUACUCUCCUCGUGCUUCUGCUUUUAUUUCUUCUUUCGCUGAUCGGCCUUUCUGGCAUUUCUAGACAGCCCCGUAACUGUGGCAGCCGCCAGGAAGUGAGGAUACCGGAAGUACUGUUGCUGUGCAGCCAGCUACUCCCCUGUGUUAUGAACUAGGACCGGGGAAUUUGCUUAUAGGCGGUGCAGAGAACUACAAAUCCCAGCAUUCCCCGCGUGCUUCUGGCUCUAGGCUGGCGCUGUGCAGUAAAUAAUACCCCCUGCACUUUGGAUCUGCUUCUCCUACCCCGAAGGACCCCGUGUCCCCCAGCUGAGAGUGAUUGUGUCCCAGUAGCACUUGCUGGAGGUCAGUAGGGCCCAGUAAAGAUGGUGGUGGAAGUGGAGGGUUUCUAUGGUGUUUACCUCCUGUUCUGCACCAACCCCAAGUACAAAGGUCGCAUCUACAUUGGCUUCACAGUGAACCCCGAAAGGCGCAUCCAGCAGCACAAUGGCGGCAAACACAAGGGAGGUGCCUGGAAGACGAGUGGCAGAGGCCCCUGGGACAUGGUUCUGAUAGUCCAUGGAUUUCCCAAUGACAUUGCAGCAUUGCGGUUUGAGUGGGCGUGGCAGCACCCCCACGUGUCCCGUCGCCUCACCCACGUCCCCCGCAAGACCAAGAAACAGUCCAGUUUUGACUUCCACCUGCUGGUGCUUUGCCACAUGCUGCGAGUGGCCCCGUGGAAUCGGCUGCCCUUAACCCUACGUUGGCUGCGCCAGGAGUAUCGCAGGGAAUUGCCCCUCCUCCUCCAGCCCCCGCUGCACAUGCCUCUGGCUUUUGGGCAAGUACGGGCACGGCCCAUCCCUAAAGGAGAGAAGGAGAAGGGCAGAUUGGGGGAGAACAGGGGAGAAGAGACAGAACAGGAGGUGAUUGUGCUGGGAGACGCAGUUGUGCAGCGCUGCAGAGUCUGUUAUGAGAGGGUACAGGAUAAGGACGACUCUCUGCACUGCUUCCACCCUGGCUGCACCCUCACUGCUCACAUCAUGUGUCUGGCCAAGCUCUUCCUGCUAAACGAACCCCAAAAUCUCAUUCCUGUAGAGGGCCUGUGCCCCAGCUGCGGCCACUCGCUACUGUGGGGGGACCUGAUCCGACACAGGAAUGGUUGCUAUGGAGACCUAGAGGAAAUCUCAAGCUCACAGGCACACUGGGGGGACGAGCUGCACAGAUGCUCUGACUAACGCUGCCUCUAGGGGUGCAAUUGUGUUGGAUCUAGGGGUGCAAUCGCAUUCGAUAGAGCGGGACUCCACCAAAACUGCAAUAAGGAUACAAGGCUGCACAGAUGCUCUGACUAACGCUGCCUCUUGGGGUGCAAGCAUGUUGGAUCUAGAGGUGCAAUCAUGUUGGAUCUAGGGGUGCAAGCAUGUUGGAUCUAGGGGUGCAAGCAUGUUGGAUCUAGGGGUGCAAUCAUGUUGGAUCUAGGGGUGCAAGCAUGUUGGAUCUAGGGGUGCAAUCAUGUUGGAUCUAGGGGUGCAAUCAUGUUGGAUACUGUGGGACAGAGAUAUGAUGACUGAACCUGAUCAUGUGACUUUAUUAUCUUUGGGGCAGUGGUGCUCCUUUCACCCGGGCAGCUGAAUAUUAAUUUAUUUUACUGUGUGGAACGUUUUUAAACAUUUGUCUUGUGUAAUGCAAUGUUUUUAGAAAAUUAAACCUGUAUUUGCCAAAA